CCCAUCCCCCAACCCCACUUCCUUCUUCUUCUUCUUCCUUUAUUUCCUCCUCCUCCAUUCUUUUCUUUCCUUUCAAUCUUCUCUUCAACCACCAUUUCAUAAUCUAUCACCAAUGUACCUCAAACUUUCAUUCUUUUCACUUACACCCCUCUUCUUUCUUCUUCUUUCCCCUGUUUUCUUCUCCUCCUCCUCCUCCUCUCUCCCCAAUCCAGAACCUGCAUCAAUCCAACCUUUCCAUGUCGCAUCCUCCCCUCCAGCCACAAUCCCUGCAUUCCCGGAACAGUCCAAUGUCGCCGGCUGUCCACUUAACCUCCCUGAAGGGCUUUUUCAUAGCGUAAAGAGUGCAUGUGGAGUUUCCAAACCCGGUGAUGCAACCGGGCAGCUUCACCGAAGCCGGUGCUGUCCAGUUCUAGCUUCGUGGCUCUACGCCGCCUAUUCGGCCACUGCUUUGGGCAGAACUGGCAGUGUGAGCCCGGCCAUUGUGGGUCACUCUCCAACUUCUGUGGACUUGCCUCUGCUGCCUGAUGACUCUGAAACUUGCGUGGAUGAUCUUGGAAAAGCUCUGAAACAAAAGGGAAUAGAACUCGUUAAGCCUAAUGAAACUUGUGAUGUGGUGUAUUGUUACUGUGGCAUUAGAUUGCAUCCCCUCAACUGCCCUGAAGCUUUCUCUUUGAACCAGAAAGGAAAACUUUCUGGGAAUAAAAAUGUGAAGAGAUUAGAAAGAGAUUGCUUGAGUAGCAGCUCCAAUGUCAAUGGAUUUCCAGGCCUUGGUGGCUGUAACAAAUGCUUACACUCUCUUCAUCAGCUUAACAACCAGGCUUCCAAUGGAAGCAAAUCAGAUGAGAGGACUACCAAAAUACACAACAAAGAUUGUCAACUAAUGGGGCUCACUUGGCUGCUUGCCAAGAACCGAACUGCCUACAUUCACACUGUUUCAGCGGUCAUACGCGCUAUGAUGAUGAGCACAGAUGGCUCUGAUCCUCAAUCUUGCACUCUUAGCAGUGAUGGAAUGCCUCUCGCUGUUGAUUCUUUUGAUAUUUCGAAUCAGUCUUCAUCGAUCAAUCUUCCGGUUCCCUUCUAUAUCUCCCUUUUAUCACUAUGUUUGUUAUGUAUGUUCUUCAUUGUACCAUCUGCGCGGUUUUAGCUAGAACUUGUAAGGUUUUAUAUCAGUGAAUUCUGUAAUUUUGUCAUCCCAUUUUGUUCCUGUUAAUGUAGCAAGUAGAAUUCAUCGUCCUGUUCAUUUUUAGAUGUCAAUCUAACGGG